AUGGCUUUUCAAUCACUCUUCUCUAAGCAUAAAAUCUUAGCCUCUUACAUUUUCCCUCUUGUUCAAAACAAGUUCCUUCAAUCUUUAUCAACCCCACGAGUUUCUACCCCAGCAAUACUACCUGAACUUGUCAAUGAGGUAUCUCGUAUUGUCAGUGAUCACCGUCACCCUCACCAUGAUCUACAACUGUCUCUCACUCCAUUUUCAUCACAAGUUUCCACUUAUUUAGUGGAACAGGUUUUGAAAAGGUACAACCACCUUGGCUUUUCAGCCCACAGAUUCUUUCUUUGGGCUAAGUCAAUUCCGGGUUUUGAACACAGUGUCGAAAGCCUCCCUAUUUUGGUAGAAAUCUUAGGAAGGUCUAAACAAUUUGCUAUACUUUGGGAUUUUCUUUUAAAAAUGAGGGAAUCUGAGUCUUCUAGUUGUAAAAUCAGUAACAAAUUGUCUGGAUCAUUUUCACUGCGUAUAGCCGAGCUGAUUUGCCUGACGGUGCUAUUCGGUCUUUUGUUCGAAUGGACGAAUUUGGAAUCAAGCCUGGUAUUAUUGAUUUUGAUUUGCUUUUGCUCACUUUAUGCAAGAAGAGACAUGUCAAGCAGGCUCAACAAUUUUUUUGAUCAGAAUAAGAGUUGUUUCUCGUUAACUGCUAAAACUUACAGCAUUCUGAUUUCUGGAUGGGGUAAGGUUGGUGAUUCGGGGAAGGCCCGCGAGCUUUUUGAAGUAAUGCUUGAGCAAGGAUGUGAUGUUGAUUUGCUGGCUUAUAAUAAUAUGUUAGAUGCUCUUUGCAAAGGAGGCCGUGUGGAUGAAGCUAUGGAUUUUUUUUAA